AUGAGAGCUUUCCUGUGCUUUGCCCUAUUGGCUUUAGCCGCCGCCUCCCCUUCUUCCGAGAAGAAGGAGACAAAAAGCAAACGUCACCUCCAACACGGAUAUGACUGGAACUCUGGCUCAUCAUACGGCUUGAAUUCUGGAGCAUAUGGAUACAGUUCUGGUAUCUCUGGAUUGAACUCCGGCGUAUCCACCUGGAAGUCAGGUCUCUCUGGCUUGAACUACGGUAUCUCCGGUUUGAACUCCGGUUCAUCUAACUGGAACUCCGGACUCUAUGGUCUGAGGUCUGCUGAUUAUGUCUCUGGCGCGUACGGCUUGAACUCCGGUGUCUACGGUUUGAACUCCGGUGUCUACGGUUUGAACUCUGGUUCAUCCAGCUGGAACUCCGGACUCACUGGCUUGAAAUCCGGAGGUAGCUUGUACUCUGGUUCGAUCGGUUCGAACUCUGGUAUCUACGGUCUGAACUCCGGUGUCUCUAGCUGGGGAUCUCAGGGCCAGUCUUACGCCCCUCUGGUAGGAUACCAAUACGCGGCACCUGCUCAAGUUUACCAACAACAAGCUGUAUCUUAUGCUUCGGCGCCUGUCCUAGCCGCUCAACACACCAUCCGCACUGUCGUCAACAAAGUUGCUGUUCCAGUGGCUCAGCCCUACCCAGUACCAGUUACCAGAACCAUCCCGGUUCCCCAGCCCUAUGCUGUCCCUGUCGACAGGCCCGUCCCAGUCCAAGUACGCGUCAAUGUACCAACCCCAGUUGACAGGCCAGUACCCGUUCAAGUGCCACACCCAGUACCAUACAAGGUCAAGGUACAGGUACCCUACGCCGUUGAGAAGCCAUACCCAGUCCAAAUCACCAGAACCGUACCUGUCCAGGUUGAGAAACAAGUCAUCGUUAAAGUACCAGAACCCGUGCAGGUACCUGUCGCUCAACCUUACCCAGUUCAUGUCAGGAAACCCGUAGCUGUUCAUGUGCCAGAACCUGUCGUAGUCAAAGUACCAGAGAUCGUCAAUGUACAACAUGCUGUUGCUGCUCAAGUACCAGUACAAACCCAACAAUUCUACCAGCCAACUUUCUACCACCAACAGUCUAUUGCUGCUCCAAUCGUCUCCCAGGAAGUCGUAGGAGCUUCAGGACUCGUCAGCUCUGGUCUUCACGGUGCUGGAAUCGUCAGCUCAACUGUCAGCCCAAUCGUAUCUGAAGAUGUGCAAGCAUCCUACGGACUCAACUCUGGUUUGUACAGCAGCUCUGGACUGAUCAGCUCUAACUCUGCUCCUCUGGUGUCCCACGACAUCCAAGGAGCUUCUGGGUACAUUAACUCUGGUCUUUACGGCAACUCUGGACUUGUCAGCACAACCGCUGCUCCUCUCGUCUCCCACGACAUCCAGGGAGCUUCUGGGUACGUCAACUCCGGUCUUUAUGGCAACUCUGGACUGGUCAGCUCCACCGUCAGCCCUCUUGUCUCCCACGAAGCUUUGGGAAAUUCGGGACUCGUCAGCUCCGGGCUUUACAGCUCUGGACAAUCCGGAAUCUACAGUACCACCGUUGCUCCUACAUCUUUCAAGAGUUCAUGGUCAUCUGGACUCGGUAACACCAACUCGUGGUCGUCUGGAAUUGGUAGCCACAACUCAUGGUCGUCCGGAAUUGGUAACCAAAACACAUGGGCAUCUGGACUUGGCAGCCACAACAUCUACGCCCGUAGCUCAGGAAAGAAAACCGAAAAGAAGAACUAA